UUACUACCACUGCCACCCUCAUCGCCAUGACAACUUUCUCCCUCUCCUGCUUCGACCAAUGGCCGUCUCUCCUUUUCAUCUCCCUCCUCAUCAUCCUCCUCAUCCUCAACUUUUGGCCGUAUGCCGGCGGCUUUGCCUGGCGCUUGGCCUUCCGUAGCGGCGGCGGCUCUCCGCCGAUCCCCGGGCCUGCUGGCUUACCUUUCCUCGGCAGCCCCUCUCUCCUGGCCAGCCCGCAGUCCCACCGCAUUCUCGCAAAGGCUUCCGCUGCCCUCGAGGCCACCCGCCUCAUGGCCUUCUCCCUCGGUCACACCCGUCUCGUCAUUGCCAGCCACCCUGAUACGGCUCGGGAAAUCCUGACCGGAUCCGCCUUUUCGAACCGGCCGAUCAAGGACUCGGCACGCCGUCUCAUGUUUCAUCGGGCCGUCGGGUUCGCUCCGUCCGGUGAGCACUGGCGCCGCCUCCGCCGCAUUGUGGCGACUCACCUCUUCUGCCCGAGGCGGAUUGCCAGGUCGGAGGCGUGGCGACAGGGGUGCAUCGGAGAGUUGAUGGAAGGUCUAUGCCUAUGCAAGAGGAGGGAAAGAGAUGGGGUGGUGGAGCUGAGGUGGGCGCUACAAGCGGCCUCCCUCAGGAGUGUUUGGAUGACGGUGUUUGGGAGGUGGGUGGAGGAAGAGAGGGAGGAAUUGGUAGAAAUGGUGAAGGAAGGGUACGAGUUACUGGGAAAGUUCAACUGGGGGGAUUAUUUUCCCAUUCGGAUUUUGGAUCUUCAGUCCAUUGGAAGGAGAUCCGAUGAAUUGCGAACCAAGGUUUUCACUUACCUCGGCCGCAUCGUGGCCGAGCGUAAGAUGCAUAAUGCCGCCAGUGGUGAUGGUGAUGGCGGCGGCGGCGGCGGCGAUUUUCUCAGCAUUCUGCUCGGCCUGCCGGACGAGGACAGGCUUUCAGAUAUGGACAUGCUGGCCGUUCUUUGGGAGAUGAUAUUUCGAGGUACGGACACAGUGGCCAUCCUAAUGGAAUGGGUUAUGGCGAGGAUGGUGCUGCACCCGGACAUCCAGGCUCGAGCCCAACAAGAGAUCGACCUGCACGUAGGCUCCACCCGGGAGGUCCAAGACUCGGACCUACCCAAGCUCACUGUCCUCCACGCCAUUGUCAAGGAAGUACUCCGGCUGCACCCACCAGGUCCACUUCUCUCAUGGGCACGGCUUGCCAUCCACGACGUCCACGUGGGCAAAUGGUUUGUGCCAGCUGGCACUACGGCUAUGGUCAACAUGUGGGCCAUCACCCACGACGCAUCUAUCUGGAAGGACCCAGGUCAGUUUAAACCAGAACGGUUCCUAGAAGAAGACAUCAGCAUUAUGGGCUCAGACCUCAGGCUAGCUCCAUUUGGGUCCGGCCGGAGGGCGUGCCCCGGCAAGGCACUGGGCUUGGCCACGGUUCAUCUAUGGCUUGCUAGGCUGCUCCACCACUUCAACUGGCUCCCCUCUCCAUAUGCGGAUCCGAGGCGGGCUGUGGACCUAUCUGAACAGCUACGAAUGUCGCUUGAGAUGAGGAAGCCGCUUGUGUGCCGGGCUGUUCGCCGGAACUCAGUUCGGUUUUUGACAAAAUCCGGCUGAAAGCUGCCGUGUUUGGACCAUGUUAAGCAGCAGGGCUGGCCUGACAAAAGGGCUUUGGUACUUGCUUCAAACGGAAAGCUCUGGUGCUUCUUGUUCAUGUGAAUCAAAGCAACUCCUUGUAUUAUUGGCUUGUGAAGUGUGAAGUAAUCAUCCCAAGAUCCAUGUUAGGCUUCUUUCUUUAAAUGUAAAUUUUUAGUUAAACAGCUCCCAAUUGCUCUUACAAAUUAUCACUUUGAUCAUGUCGUGUCCUCGACCCAAAUGAGUUCGAGCCAUGGCUGGCAGUCAUCCUGUCAUUUUUAUUGGUAUCAAUUCCUUGGAUAAGCCAAAGCUUAGUGACAU